AUGGGUUCAAAUGGUCAUAUACUGCUGAUCGCAGCCUGUCUGCUGAACACAGUUGCUCCAACUCUAUCAGCGAACAGAGGCGGAGAGUGCACAUUCAACACCAAAGGCACCUGUGAAUAUCAAGGACAGGUGUUCGGCAUUGGCGAGAGUUGGGUUACUAAAGACUGCUACCAGUGUGUGUGUAUGGAGCCCUUCGGCGUGGGCUGCUGCGAUCACAACUCCCUACCAGUGGAUUAUCCCGAGUGGUGUGAGGUCAUCAGAAAGCCCGACUCCUGCACCAGUGUGGCUGUGAUGAGAGCCAAUCACAAACUCCCUUGUCUUUAUGGGAAGUGGGGCAGGAUGCGACCUGAAACAUGGAAGUCUGACAAUGAUUUAUUGUUCUAAACGAAAUGUUAAAUAUCACUAAUGUAGGUUUGCUAUUUUACUUUUUGGGAAUUGAAAAGCA